AUGAACAAGGACAUUGAAACUUAUGUCUCUCAAUGUGCUGUCUGCAACAGUUAUAAACCUCACCAGCAGAAAGAACCGUUGAAAAUGCACCCAGUACCUGAUCGACCAUGGUCAUAUGUUGCAACUGACUUAUUCAUGUGGAACAGACUCGACUAUUUAGUCACUGUUGAUUCUUAUUCUGGUUGGUAUGAGAUCAAUUCUUUGCCAAAUACUACCUCGAGAACAGUAAUACAAAAGCUGAAAAAUCAUUUUUCAAGAUUUGGCGUCCCAGAUUCGUUAUUUUCAGACAAUGGUUCAGUGUACUGCAGCCAUGAAUUUAAACAAUUUGCAAAAGAAUGGGGAUUCAAACACAUUACCAGCAGUCCUCAUUUUCCCCAAUCUAACUCGUAUAGCGAAAGAGCAGUACAGUCUGCAAAAACUCUACUUGAGAAGUGUAAACGAGAUGGGAGUGAUCCUUACAUUGCACUUUUAAACCAGAGAAAUAUACCAAGAGAUGAUGUUUUGGGAUCUCCUGCUCAACGGCUGUUAGCACGUCGUAUAAAAUCCAACUUGCCAAUAGCAAAAAGUUUGCUUGAACCAAAAGUUGUUCCAACGACACAAGUUCAUGCUCAACUUACUCAUAAACGCAUGCAACAGAAAAAGUAUUUUGAUAAAACAGCCAAGUCUUUACCACCACUUCAGAGAGGAGAUAAGUGA